AUGCCUCUGUUGACUCAAGAUUUACGUUGUUUCAGAGAUCUCAAACUGCCCGUUUCGUCCAUUGCAGCGUCAAAGAAGUCUGCAAGCCGUCACUGGCUAUCGAAAGGACAUAAAAGGGAUGACCGUCGGAAUUGUUUGUCGCCGCAGCCGUCGUUCGACGAAAUGACUCAUCAAUAUCCGACCAACUUCUACCGUAUAAUCCGCGAUUCACCUCCACCGGUUCCGCCGGCGCUGUUCAGAGUCCUUUCGUUCCCGAACGUCCGCUGGGACUCGUCGAAAAAGGUAAGCGUUGAAGCAGAUGGAUGUGCAUUUGUGCCAAACGUACACUUGCUUCUUGCCAUCACAGCUGAUGCUUAG